AUGGCCACCGGACCCAGUGCAGCCGCUCUAGAAACUGGCAAGCUUGAGCGGCAGUUAAGAUGCAGUGGAACCGGGGAUUUGUCUACUCGCAAGUGUUACUGUGCGAGUUUUCUGGUUUGGAUUAGCCCAGGUGUGACUAUCGUGGAUGUUGCCGGGUCACAACAGGGGAUCCCACUGUCAGUGGUGAAACUGUGGGCGUCUGCGUUUGGAGGGGAAAUAAAGUCCAUCGCUGCGAAAUAUUCAGGAUCCCAGCUGCUGCAGAAGAAAUACAAAGAGUUUGAGAGAAGAGGCCGAGUAGAAGAUAUAGAUGGCGCAAAACUUGUGAAAAAAGUGGCAGAAAACAUGGAAGAGAUGUUCCGGAAAAAAGCAGAGGCGGUACAGCGCAUCGUGGAAGCAGCCGAAGAAGCACACCAUGAACAUGAGGAGAAUCCAGACCUACAGUAUGACUACUUCAACGCCGUGCUCAUCAACGAGGUGGACGAGCUGGGGAACAGUUUGGACAUGGGCGGGGAGUUCCUCCUGGAGCCCAACGACCACUUCAACAACCUGGCCGUCAACCUCAGCCUCAGCGUGGUGCAAGUGCCCACCAACAUGUACAACAAAGAUCCAGCUAUUGUGAAUGGUGUGUACUGGUCCGAAGCUCUGAAUAAAGUGUUUGUGGACAAUUUUGAAAGAGACCCCUCACUUAUAUGGCAGUACUUUGGAAGCGCCAAGGGUUUCUUCAGACAAUACCCUGGUGUUAAAUGGUACCCAGAUGAACACCGUGUCAUUGCAUUUGACUGCAGGAACAGGAAAUGGUAUAUCCAGGCGGCUACUUCUCCAAAGGACGUGGUGAUCCUGGUGGACGUGAGCGGCAGCAUGAAGGGGCUGAGGCUGACCAUCGCCCGCCAGACCGUCUCCUCCAUCCUGGACACGCUGGGUGACGACGACUUCUUCAACAUCAUCGCCUAUAAUCAGGAGAUUCGCUUCGUGGAGCCCUGCCUGAAUGGAACCUUGGUCCAGGCUGACAGGGCCAAUAAGCACCAUUUCAGAGAGCAUCUGGACAAGCUUUUUGCCAAAGGAAUUGGUCUUCUAGGUAAUGCACUGACUGAGGCCUUCACCAUACUGAAUGAGUUCAACCAGACGGGGCGGGGGAGCUUAUGCAGCCAGGCCAUCAUGCUCGUGACUGAUGGAGCCACACAGAUGUAUGAUGAAGUCUUCGAGAAGUUCAACUGGCCCGAUAGGAAGGUACGCAUCUUCACUUACUUGAUUGGACGUGAGUCGGCUUUUGCGGAUAACAUGAAAUGGAUGGCCUGCGCUAACAAAGGUAAGGCCCUGACCAAAUCUUCCACAUUGGCCGAUGUGCAGGAGAAUGUGAUGCGGUACUUGCAUGUGAUGAGUCGACCUAAAGUCAUCGACCACGAGCAUAACACUGUCUGGACCGAGGCCUAUGUGGACAACGCACUUACACAAGCACACAAGCUCAAGGAUAGCAGAGGGCUCAGUCCCAUAACGACUGUGGCCAUGCCUGUGUUCAGCACCAAGAAUGAGACGAGAAACCAAGGCAUUCUUCUGGGUGUGGCAGGGACUGAUAUCCCUCUUCAAGAGCUUAUGAAAGCUGUACCAAAACAUAAACUUGGUAUCCAUGGAUAUGCCUUUGCCGUCACCAAUAAUGGAUACAUUCUCAUCCACCCAGACCUGAGGCCUUUGUACCAGGAGGGCCAGAAGAGGAGGAAGCCCCAUUACAGCAGUGUUGACCUAUCGGAGGUGGAGUGGGAGGACACACAUGAUGUUUUGCGUAAUGCCAUGGUGAACAGAAAGACCGGAACAUUCUCUAUGGAAGUGAUGAAGACUGUUGAUAAAGGGAAACGUGUCCUGAAAAUGCACAACGACUAUUAUUACACAGACAUCAAAGGGACCCCAUUCAGUGUAGGGGUGGCCCUCUCCAGAGGUCACGGUAAAUACUUCUUCAAAGGAAAUGUUUCCAUAGACGCAGGCCUCCGUGACCUCGACCAACAAGACGUGGCCCUGGCAGAUGAGUGGACCUACUGCAAUACAGAUGAGCACCAUGAACAUCGCUACCUGACCCAGAUCCAGGCCAUUAAACUCUACCUGACUGGACGCAAGCCCCACCUCAAGUGUGACAGGGAGCUGAUCCAGCAGGUGUUGUUUGACGCGGUGGUGACUGCUCCCAUGGAGGCCUAUUGGACGGGCCUGGCUCUGAAUAAGUCUGAAAAUUCUGAUAAAGGUGUGGAGAUUGCAUUCCUGGGCACACGCACUGGCCUCUCCAGAACCAACCUGUUUGUGAACCCAGAACAGCUGACCAAUCAAGACAUCCUGACAGCCGAGGACACGGAGGGCGUGUUUAACGCAGACCACUUCCCCCUGUGGUACAAGAGGGCGGCGGAGCAGGUGCCUGGCACCUUCAUCUACUCCAUCCCCUUCAGCUCAGUCAUGGAAAAUAAAAGUGUUGUUCUGGCAAGCACCGCUAUCCAACUGCUGGAUGACCGAAAGUCACCAAUAGUAGCCGCUGUAGGGAUACAGAUGAAGCUGGAUUUCUUUCAGAGAAAGUUCUGGACAGCCAGUCGACAGUGUGCAGCUCUGGAUGGAAAAUGUUCCAUCAGCUGUGACAGUGAGGACAUCAAGUGCUAUCUCAUAGACAACAACGGAUUCAUUCUGGUCUCAGAAGAGUACUUACAGACAGGACUGUUCUUCGGUGAAGUGGAGGGAGCUGUGAUGAACAAGCUGCUCCUUAUGGGGUCUUUUAAAAAGAUACCCCUGUAUGACUACCAGGCCCUGUGCAAAGAGUAUGCAGGAAGUGGUGACAGCGCUCAUUCCCUGCUGAACCCAUUCUCUGCAGUAAAAUGGCUCCUGACUGAAAUCGUCAUAUUUCUUCUGGAGUUCAACCUGUACAGUUGGUGGAAUAUUGAUCUCUCUGUUAAAGCUGAUCGAGGCCAGAGGGGCCGCACCGUGAUGGUUCCAUGUGACACGGAGUACCCUGCCUUUGUUUCUGAGCGCACCAUCAAAGAGACGGCUGGGAACAUUGACUGUGAGGGGUGCAUGAG